AUGGCCGACAACGAGGAUACAGGCGCAUCCGUCUCAGAACCCUUGGACCUUGUGCGCCUCUCACUGGACGAGAUUGUCUUCGUGAAGCUGCGCGGCGACCGUGAACUCAAGGGCCGCCUCCACGCAUAUGACAGCCACUGCAACCUUGUCCUUGGCGAUGUGGAAGAGACCAUCUACGUGGUAGAGGAGGAUGAGAACGAGCAGGAGACCACAAGGACAAUCAAGAAACAGGAGGAAAUGCUUUUUGUGCGAGGUGAUUCCGUCGUUUUGAUCUCCCCCCAGGCCUGA